UCCACAAUCAGUGUGGUAUGCUUGAGCGAUCCCGCUGCGGUCAUACUGAUUCCGAUCAACUUAACGCGCUGAGCAAAUCGAAUUGCUUGUGCUAACAAUUUGGUUUUUUCGCAAUUAACGGCUGUGAAGAACCAGCGAUCUGCAUGCCAAGUGGCCGAUAACGAGACAGACCAGUGUUUGCGUUGCGCAAAAGCCGAUAGCCGACUGUGUUCCUGUGUCAUUCGCGGCUGAAGAGCAACAAGUGGCCGCAAGUCGAAACCAAAAGCAAAAGCUAUAUAAGCAAGAAAUACUCUCCGCAAGAAAAGGUGUUCGAAGCGGUGCGCGCAGCUUGUUUUUUCCGCCGAACGUCGCGCAAUAAAACAAACAAAAAGCCAGAGCCCAAAAGCAACAACCACAACAAAAGCCGUUUGAUCGCGCGUGUGUGUGCGUGCGCGAGUUGAGUGUGGCUCUGUCUGUGACUGUGUCUGUGUGAGUGGCAAGCCAUUAUUUUUCUGGUCUUAUGACGUAAACCACCGAAAAAAUCAAAAGUGAGCAGGCGACACAGAUAUCAAAACGAAGAAUGUCUCGUCACGAGAAAACAAAAUCCACGGGCGGCGGCCUCCUGGACAGCCUGUUCGGAAGACCUUCGAAGUCCAAAGGCGGCACAGUCAGCAGUGGAACACUCACCCAUGGCGGACGACCCGUGUCCGCGGACAACUAUGUGGUGCCGGGCGUGGAGGACUUUGAGCAGUAUAUCCAGCAGCUCACCGUUGCGGAACUGGAUGCCAAGUUCCUGGAGAUCAUUGAGGACAUGAACAUUCCCAAGGACAAGAGGGAGCCCCUGUUGGCCAAAUCGAAGGAGGAGCGACAGAAGAUGAUUAUGUGGCACUUGAAAGGUAAAAACUCACUGGAGCGCAGCGCCAACUCCCGCUUCGAGAAGCCCAUAGACUACGUGGAGUACCUGCAGAAUGGGGAGCACAGCACGCACAAGGUGUACCAAUGUGUGGAGUCGCUGCGCGUGGCGCUCACCAGCAACCCGAUCUCGUGGAUCAAGGAGUUCGGAGUGGCGGGCAUCGGGACGAUCGAGAAGCUGCUGGCGCGCUCGAAGAAUAAUGCCAGCUACGAGAAGAUUGAGUUUGAGGCGAUUCGAUGCCUGAAGGCGAUCAUGAACAACACAUGGGGUCUGAACGUGGUGCUCAAUCCGGAUCAGCACAGUGUGGUGCUGCUGCUGGCGCAAUCUCUGGAUCCCCGGAAGCCGCAGACCAUGUGCGAAGCCCUCAAGCUGCUGGCCUCCUUCUGCAUUGUCUACGAGCGAAAUGGCUACGAGAAGGUUCUUCGAGCCAUAACCACUAUUGCAGCCACAUCCUUUAAAGCCAGCGAGCGCUUCCGACCCAUAGUGGAUGCCUUGUUUGCGGAUAAACAGGACGCCAAACAUGAGUUGGCCUGUCACAGCCUGAUUUUUAUUAAUACUCUCACCAAUACGCCCACUGACUUGAACUUCCGCCUGCAUUUGCGAUGUGAGAUUAUGCGCAUGGGUCUAUACGAUCGCCUGGAUGAGUUUACCAAAAUCGUGGAGGCCAGCAAUAAUGAGGCCCUGCAGCAGCACUUCAAGAUCUUCAACGAGAUCCGCGAGGACGACUUCGAGGAGUUUGUGCAGCGCUUCGAUAAUGUCACCUUCAACAUGGACGAUGCCACCGAUUGCUUCGAUGUGCUGAAGAACAUGGUCACUGACACCACCUCCGAGCCCUACUUCCUGUCCAUCCUGCAGCACUUGCUGUACAUCAGGGAUGACUUCUACUUCCGACCUGCCUACUACCAACUGAUUGAGGAGUGCAUCUCGCAAAUCGUCUUCCACAAGGGCUACUGUGAUCCAAACUUUGAGAACAGGAACUUUAAUAUAGACACCUCGCUGCUGCUGGACGAUAUUGUGGAGAAGGCCAAGGCCAAGGAGUCCAAGCGGUCGGAGGAGUACGAGAAGAAGAUCGAGCAGCUGGAGAGUGCCAAGCAAGAGGCGGAAGCGAAGGCGGCUCAUCUGGAGGAGAAAGUCAAGCUGAUGGAGGCUAAUGGAGUGGCGGCUCCGUCGCCCAAUAAGCUACCCAAAGUAAACAUACCCAUGCCCCCGCCUCCGCCAGGAGGAGGGGCUCCUCCCCCACCGCCGCCACCCAUGCCGGGCAGAGCAGGUGGUGGACCUCCGCCUCCGCCCCCACCUCCCAUGCCGGGAAGGGCAGGUGGACCGCCCCCACCUCCUCCACCGCCCGGAAUGGGAGGCCCACCGCCCCCACCCAUGCCUGGCAUGAUGCGCCCGGGAGGGCCUCCACCGCCGCCCAUGAUGAUGGGGCCCAUGGUUCCCGUUCUGCCGCACGGCUUGAAACCGAAGAAGAAGUGGGAUGUCAAGAACCCCAUGAAGCGGGCCAACUGGAAGGCCAUUGUCCCGGCCAAAAUGUCCGAUAAGGCGUUCUGGGUCAAGUGCCAGGAGGAUAAGCUGGCCCAGGACGAUUUCCUCGCAGAGCUCGCCGUGAAAUUUUCCUCUAAGCCUGUGAAGAAAGAACAGAAGGAUGCGGUGGACAAGCCGACGACGCUGACAAAGAAAAAUGUCGAUCUGCGUGUGCUCGACUCGAAAACUGCUCAGAACUUGGCUAUUAUGUUGGGAGGAUCGCUGAAGCAUCUGUCCUACGAACAGAUCAAGAUUUGCUUGCUGCGCUGCGACACCGCCAUCCUGUCCUCCAAUAUCCUGCAGCAACUUAUCCAGUACCUUCCGCCGCCAGAGCAACUCAAGCGUUUGCAGGAGAUCAAGGCCAAGGGCGAACCGCUACCACCAAUUGAACAGUUUGCAGCCACAAUAGGGGAAAUCAAACGUCUUUCGCCGCGACUUCACAAUCUGAACUUCAAGCUGACCUAUGCGGACAUGGUGCAGGAUAUCAAACCGGAUAUUGUGGCAGGCACUGCAGCAUGCGAAGAGGUCCGGAAUAGCAAAAAGUUCUCAAAGAUCCUGGAGCUCAUUCUCCUGCUUGGCAACUACAUGAACUCGGGCUCCAAAAACGAGGCCGCCUUUGGCUUUGAGAUCAGUUAUCUCACAAAAUUGUCCAAUACGAAGGAUGCGGAUAACAAGCAGACAUUGCUGCACUACCUGGCUGACCUGGUGGAGAAGAAAUUCCCAGACGCACUAAACUUCUACGACGAUCUAUCGCAUGUUAAUAAAGCGUCGCGGGUUAACAUGGAUGCCAUCCAAAAAGCCAUGCGGCAAAUGAAUUCGGCGGUGAAGAACCUGGAAACUGAUCUCCAGAACAACAAGGUGCCGCAAUGUGAUGAUGACAAGUUUAGCGAGGUGAUGGGCAAGUUUGCCGAGGAGUGCCGACAGCAAGUGGAUGUGCUGGGCAAAAUGCAGUUACAAAUGGAGAAGCUCUACAAGGACCUCAGCGAGUACUAUGCGUUCGAUCCCAGCAAAUACACGAUGGAGGAGUUCUUUGCGGACAUCAAGACCUUCAAAGAUGCCUUCCAAGCGGCGCACAACGACAAUGUCCGGGUGCGCGAGGAGCUGGAGAAGAAGCGUCGUCUGCAGGAGGCGCGAGAGCAGUCUGCUCGAGAGCAACAGGAGCGCCAGCUGCGUAAGAAGGCAGUGGUUGACAUGGAUGCCCCGCAGACGCAGGAGGGCGUGAUGGACAGUCUGCUGGAGGCGCUGCAAACAGGCUCUGCCUUUGGCCAGCGAAAUCGACAGGCGCGGCGACAACGACCAGCGGGAGCGGAGCGGAGGGCCCAGCUCAGCCGGAGUCGGUCGCGGACGCGUGUCACCAACGGGCAGCUAAUGACCCGCGAAAUGAUCCUCAAUGAGGUUCUGGGCUCCGCGUAGAAGUGAUGGAACGAGCAAUUCCCCUCUGUACAUAUAUAAAUAGACAUCUGUAGCGAUAUAAGAGCCUAGGUUCAUAACAACUCCAUUGGCGAUUCCAAGAGAUUUGACUAAAUGGAUGCCCAGCAGGAACUAUAUGAGAACUAUCGGAAAUAUCAGAAGCCGCAAAGUACUAAUUAACAGGAACUAGAGUCACAGAUGGAUUUUCUGAAAUUAUUCAUUGUUGAAAGGGAGUGCUUGGUUAAUAGAAUUGAAUUUCCCGUUUUAAUUUAUUUUAUUGAUUGUUUAAUAAAUAACAUUUUGUUUGGUUGCAUUUGACCGUCAGUUAAUAUUUAUAAUGCGCAAAUAACACAUUAAAGACCACUUCUUUCUAAUUUAAAUGAUUGGCAGGCCGAUUUACCCAUUUUAACUUUAGUUGUACAUUUUAUUUUGCUUUAUAUGACUUUUCCAACACUAAGGUACCAAUUUUGCAAGUCCAAUAUUUUUAUUAAACACUAGUUGACACUAAAUUCGUAAUCACUCAAGAAACGCAAUGCAAUGCAUAUCAACAAAAACUCUAUGUAACGAAAAAAAUAUAUUUUUGAUACGCUUUUACUUCUGAAUCUAUAAAUGCGCUGACCUAAGUCGGUUCUAACUCUAAAUACUUAAAUAACUUGAUGAUUGAUCUGUAUCUCGUGGUCUUACAUACUGUAUUCCUAUUUACUGUGGCAUGUUUGAAUUAUUUUGUUGUGCACUUCGUUUUUGAGGCACUAACUAGGGCGAGAUUUAUAUCAAAGCAAAACUCUCUUGUAUUUAAUUUGUUUUUAAGCGAACCUUUUAAACUUGUUUACCUUAAAAUCCUAUUUUAACCCGCGCUAUACAUAACAUUGUUAAUAAAUGUCUAUUUUUCGACAAUGACGGUACGAGUAUAUUGAAAAUAAAACUACCAAUAUUAAAUCACA